CCUUGGGUCCUCCUGGUGGCUCUGGGCUUCAUGGCGCUCUGGGUGACUGCGGUCCUCGCUCUCGCCUGCUUUGGUGACCUCACCGCCCCAGGCCCCGUGCCAUGCUCAGUGCCACCUCUGGUGGCCCUCAGAGAGCUCAUCGAGGAGCUGGUCAACAUCACACAAGACCAGAAGGCUCCCCUGUGCAACAACAGCAUGGUGUGGAGCGCAGACCUCACAGCCGGCGGGUACUGCGCCGCCCUGGAGUCCCUGGCCAACGUCUCUGGCUGCAGUGCCAUUCUCAAGACCCAGAGGAUGCUGAGGGGACUGUGCACUCACAAGGCCUCGGCUGGGGGUUCCAGCUUACCAGACACAAAAAUCGAAGUGGCCCAGUUCAUCAAGACCCUCCUCCAGUACUCACGGAAACUUUUCCGCAACCCAAACUGA